CAGGCGGCAGUAGAGGCAGCAGACAGACCUGGCCCCUGGUAUUGUCCUUUCUAGCUGCAGCCAAGUCAAACGAACCGAGCACGCCACCGACUGCGGACGAAAUACUUUUGUAUAGAGAGGUGCUCCUUCAGGCAUAGAAGGAGCAGCAGCGCAGCACACAGAAAGUGAAAAUAGGAGCCACACCAUGAAGCCAGGUCCCGAGGGUCCCAAUGACGAGGGCGAGGGCGAGGAGGAUGGCGAGGGCCAGGAUCAUCAUGAGGGGGAUCCCAAACCUUUGCCCUACGACUUUGAAAAGGAGCUCAUCGAGAAAUCCAAUCGGCACAUCAGGCUCUAUGAUACCUUUGUGCCAGUGAGCCAAGUUUAUCCCCUCACCCGAAAGUUUUACGCCCAGUUUGAGCAACGCCAGCCGCCGAAUCCGUUGCGUUACCUGCCCCACACCUGGCCAGAAAAGCAGCUGAUGCGCCAACAUCAGCUGGCCAAAGGUGUUCCCAUCCUGGAGUCACAGGUGUACGGAUGGCUGCCGCUUCCGUGUCGUGAUCGUGCCUCGGAUUUGAAUUUCCUUCAUGCGCCCAAGCUGCGCUGCGGAAUGACUGUGCACGGCGAGCGUUUGAUGGCGGAGAGGAUUACGGAGCGGCCACCGUUCAACGGACUCCGGUUCCUGCUCCACUAACCCCUUUUUCAAUCACUGUGACUUCGAUUUUCAAACAGACUGCUUUCUGUGCUUAUUAUAUGUUAGCUUGAAGCCUUAAGAACUAAUUAAGUUGCCCAACAAAACCAAAAC